CAGGUAUGCCUGGCAACGAGCCACUCUGAACCUUGCAUUAGUUCCUUGCGAUUGCGAGCUCGUGUUCGCAAAAGAACGUUCUGGACUAGUGGCAACCCCACACCCAAUAGAAGUAAUAUCUCCCUAUCGAUCUUUAUUUUAUGUGGGCGUGUAGGAGUACCUAAGGUACAAGGGGAUACAGUCUGAUCAGUUGUGGAACGAUCGACAUGGAGGACAAGCAAAGUGAAUGUCAUGCGGACGAAAUUCCCAGAGGAGAAAGAGGAAGCGGUCUCGAAAGCUUGCCACCUGUGUACGCUGACGAGGGAGAAGUCAAGUUGCAAGACAUCAGCAUACCCGAACAUUAUUCUCAUGAUGACAUCUGGUACAAGAUGGACAAUCUGAACGCAGGAAAAAAGUGUGGAAUAUGUGCCAUCAUAAAAGUUAAGAGUCCUGACACGCAAGAACAAUCGGGAGCUGAAGCAGACGCCCAGACCAUAGAAAGUGUAUUUGGUGGCGUCAUUGGCUUUGACGUUAAAGUUUACCACGCUUCCGCACCAGCGGAUAUCCGCGAAAAGCUCAAAACGUGUAAAGACGAUAUUGAGAAGGAUUCAUCGAGAGCAUCAGAUUGCUUCGCCUGCUUUGUGUUGGGUCACGGCAAGGAAGAUAUCACGUUCCCUUUCGGCGGCGAACUGAUUGACCUGGAAUACAUCUACGACCAGUUCAGUAACAAAGUCUGCACGGAGCUUCUUGGGAAACCCAAAUUGUUCUUCUUACACACGUUACGUGGCUGGAAACAGGGAGGCGAACAUUACUUUGCUGACGGUCCGAGCAAGACUACAAGUGUGCCUUCACGUGCUGAUUUCUUUACAUUCGAGAGCACCUCGGCAGGUUAUCUUCCGUCUUCGGGUUCAGUUCGUGGUUCUUUAUUCGUCCAGGCGCUCUGUCAAGUCAUCAAAAGAGACUAUCUUACCAAGAAUUUCCAAGAAAUGAUGACACUGGUCAAGUAUUAUGUAGCACGGGAAAAGAAACCGGAUGAGACACUGUACAGACACUCCACGCUCACGAAGAAUAUUCGGUUUGCAGCUGAAGAGAUCGACGUGGACGACGAACCCUCAUCAUCGCACCCAAGUACUGUUGUGAACAGACAACUGAUAGAUGAGAUCGACGUGGACGACGAACCCACAUCCCCGCACCCAAGUACUGUUGUGAACAGACAACUGAUAGAUGUGCGGCCACCAAGUCCGCGUAUUGAAGAUAACCAAAACCCUAUUGCGGAUAGGAACCUGGAGGUUGUGUCACAUACAGAAAUCAAAUGGAGGCCGAAAGGAAUAAGAAAGUUGGUGAAACUUGGUGAAGUCGGAGGAAAUUACAGAAUAGCCAGUACGACGUUCAUGUUGAAAGGUUACACCUUCGAGCUAGAGGUUACUGCCGGGGACAAGGAUGGAAAGCCGCAUCUGGCGGCUGCGCUACGCCUGUGCCCCUGUCGCAAUGAAGAUAACCUGGAAUGGCCAUUCAAUACGCCGUACACGAUAACCCUCUGCCACCCUCAUGACGAAGACUAUACCAUCCCGAAACGACGGCCCGGUGCACCUCAGGGACCUGGCACGUCGGGCACAGGAUCCGCUUCUCUUCAGUGGUCAAAGGCUGGAGAGGAUCUGAAGGGUGCCUGUCGGCUAGUGUGAGACCCCUGAACGGGGCAGGGACUUGGGACGGGUCUUAUCCACGAAGAGGCCGGGGCUGACGGCUCCAACGUGAGCGUGAGGUCCACGAUACAGGCAAGCCGUUGGCCACCACUGUCCAGGUGGCCACCGAAUGAGAUUGGGGACGGGGAGAGCGACCAGCCUGGUCCCUGCGUCCAGAGACCCGAGGUAGACCUCCGCAUGAGCGGGAUCGGGAGAACGGGCUGCCCGAGCGACUUUCGAAGUUCGACGGGAAGGAGAGGACGCCUGGUGCCGAUGCAUCUGCGAAGAGGAGAAAAGAGAAACUGUACGAAGGUGGCCUCAAACCGUGGGUGCUUGAGAAGGCGCCGUCCUAAAACAGACAUAACGGAAAAUUGUGGAACAGAAAUCACACUAAUAAAGCUCUAAAUCAAAAACACUGUGCUUAGCGAUGGAGCUACUGG